AUGCCUUAUUCAGCAAGUCCAUUGGAUCCAAAGGCAUUCCCGUUCGUAGUGCUUGGAAACAAGGUGGACAUGGAUGGAGGGAACAGUAGAGUGGUCUCUGAGAAGAAAGCAGCUGAUUGGUGUGCUUCAAAUGGUAACAUACCCUAUUUCGAGACAUCAGCAAAAGAAGACUACAAUGUUGAUGAAGCAUUCUUUACCAUUGCCAAAACCGUUCUUGCGAAUGAGCAUGAACGGGAUACGUAAGUUUGCUCUUAGGGUUUAGCUCUAAUAUAUGAGAGCUUGGAAAACCAUGAAAUCUUGAACUGUCGUUAAGUUUUCGGUCCGUGGUGUUACUGCAUCUAUCUUGAGACAGUAUGUUCAUUUUGCUUGUGUAAUUUCAUUUGUUUUGAGUUUUGAAUUGGCUUUUGUUCAAAUGAUAUGAUUGUUUAUUUCUCUUUCCUUUAUUUAUGCUUGAUGUUUGUCGGUGAAUUAGAGAGUCUACAUGAGACCUCUAAUGGCGAUGCGUCAUGGAACCAUGAAGCAUCUUGUACUUGGAUUUCUUUCAUACAAUCGUUUGGGAAUAUGUUAUUAUUCGUUGUUCCAUAUUCAAGGAAACAAGUUAUAAAGGGUUUCGAGCAUUCAGUCUUAACAAUACUGUGUGCCUUACCGAGAUUUAUCAAACAGGACUGUCUUGAUAUCAAUUGUAACGACAAAUCGGUUCACAGAUUCAUAUUGAGCAAUCUAAUGUUUUGUUUGUCUCUGAUGCGAACAUAGACAAGAGCUCUCGAUGCUUCUUCUCCGCCAUUAAGGAAAGCGUAUUUGUUGCUUGGAGUACAAGAAAACGAUCAAGAGAAUUUUG